AUGUCGACGAAUCUUGCGUUGACCUCGGUCGCCACCCCCAUCCCCACCUCUACUGGCACCAGUUCCUACUCCAUUGCGAGCUCUCCAUGGACCAAAGAGGCGCUUUUCGGCUUGAUUAGCAUUCUGGUAGCCGUGCUAGUCCCGUGUAUCGGCAUGCUGGUCAAAGACGUGCUGUCAAAGCACCGGACUACCGGGUGGUGGAAGAGAGGGUCUAGUGGUGGAGAUGUAGAGUCUGGUAUGCCGCAACAAAACACGCAGCAUAGUGGGGAGGAUGAAGAUGGCACUAUGGUUGUACUGCCUGUCAUCUCUCUUCCCUUGCGUUCGGUCAUCAGGCAACGUAGCUGGGACAUGUGGGAUGAACAGUUGAGACUGCCUUGGCGUUAA